UAUCCGCUCGGCUAAUAUGAUGUUAUUCGUGUGUCGCUGAUGGUCGCACUUUGUGCUGAUUUAAACCUUUGCCGCAGACUUUCUGUUUCGGAAAACCUGACGAAGUUUGUAUUUUAGCUUUAACAAUAUCGAGUAGAAAGUUCCGUUUGAUUUGUUAGCGCUGCGAAUUGAUUGGUUAGGUUAGCUUAGCUUGUUAGCCGCCGCGCUAUGACUGCAGACGGUCUUCUUCCCGCAAACUGCGACUGUUGACUCUGUUAAUCAUGGACAGCGAGAACCCGGAGAUCUGCGCCGAGAACCGCGAGGAAACCGGAUCGUCCUCGGAGUCCAACGAGCACGACUACGCGCACAGCGGCGCCGUGGAGGCUGGCGGCGGAGUCGCCGCGCACGGCGACCUUCCGUUCCCAGGAGAACCGCAGCAGAGCGCGGUUGACCAGCUGGCAGAACUCCCCGCACCGGCUGUGGGAGCCGAGGUGGACUGUCCCGGAGGAAACGAUGUGGAAUUCGCCUCUUCGCUGCAUGAGAAAGAAGAAAACACGCCAAAGAUCGCAGCAUCCCGACGAAGCGGUUCGCGCGGUUACCGCAUGCGGUUGAAGCGGCCGGAAGACGGAAGCUGCUGCUGUUGCAAAACUCAGUUCGAGCGGCAGGGCCGCGGCUUUAACCGGCGGGCGGUGUUCACCUUCACCACGCCGGACACCGUGCACUGGGCCUUCCCAGGAUCCACCGCGAACGAUAAUUCGUUCCUUUGCGAGCUGUGCGCGCAGGUGGUCCGGAGCAAGUCGAGGCGCAGACAGAGCGGAAAGCGCAGCCUGUGGGUCAAACCUGAGACUGAGCAGGUGAGACGCGUCACAGGCUCGAGCCCCGAGCCGAAGCCCCGGGAUGUCAGAGAGGAGGUGAAAAAAGGUCGAAGGAUGGGAAAGAAGAGCAAAGCUGCGUUGCUGGUCGGCAAGUCCUGCUACAAGGCUGCCUUCAAACUGCUCUGGACUGCUAAAGGCGCCAGGAAGCCCAUGAUGGAGUUCUGGAGCAAACAGAUCCGAGAGGAGAUGAAGGUGUUGUCCCGGCAGUCAGAUAACCCCUUCCAUCAGAAGGUGUCCAGCAAGAAGCCGCUGACGUCGUUCCCGUGGCGACACUGUCUGAACUGGAUCCAGAACAAGGCGCCGCUGGUCACCACCUGCCUCCGCUCACUGUUCCCCGACAUUAACAGCCUCGUUAAGAGCAGCCACCAGUUGACGGACGAACAGGCCCAGAUGUUGCUAGAGCGUCGGGCCGUGGUCACGCUCUCUGUCCCGCUCUUCACACGCAACAUCUGGAGGAACAACUUCCUGCAGGCUGCUCUAGGGGCGGAGUUACGCCAGCAAGGCUGCUCUGGCUCCACCCUGGACGUCCUCAACACGAUGGGGUUGUGUCAGAACAAAGACACCGUCAGGUUGCUGCUGCUGCGGCUCCGAAACUCCAACAAAGCUUCGAUGCAGAAUGGAGAGCAGAGAAUGAAGAUUAAAGGAGAGCAAAUGACAGAUGAGGACAUAGAGGAUGAGGAAGAGGAGGAGGAGGAUGAAGACGAGGAGGAAGAACUGGAGGAGGCGGAAGAAGAAGAAGAGGUGGAGGAGGAGGAAGAUGAAGGGUUGGAGCAGAAGAAGAAGAAGGUGGUGGUGGUGAGACUGGGUCUGCUUAAGGGACACUCUGAGGUGGGACGAGCUGACCUGUCAGCGCCGUAAGACUGCAGGCUCCGCAAUCCCCACUCACAGCAGACACACCCUCCAAUCAGAGUGCAGGCAGCUGCCUGCUCAAAGGCAUUCUGGGAACUGUAGGAGGUCCUGAAGUGUAA